AUGGCCCACAAAGUCAAAGUCUGUGUGAUAGGAGCAGGCGUAUCGGGCCUCAAGGCGGCACAUACUCUUGUCAGCAGUAGAAAUACCCCGUUUUCUGCCGAAGACGUGCUCAUUUUGGAAGCACAAGAUAGAAUCGGAGGUAGAAUCAAAACAGAUAAGACUCUGUCGAAAUGCAAUGCCUCCUAUGAUUUGGGCGCUUCUUGGUUUCAUGAUGUUUUGACAAAUUCGGUGCUUCGAGACAGUAUGGCCAUGGGAUUAUUCGAUCCCAGCCGUGAUGGAUACUUCGAUGAUAAACCUACAGCAUAUCACGUUCUCGAAAAACUAGGGAAACUCGAAAUUUACGAUUUGAAGUUGAAGCAAGUCAUGGAUGAUAUUGAAUCAUUCAUUGAGCUCUACUAUGCUAGAUUGGACGCUGUAGACAUGUCCCUUAAAAGCAUCGUAGAAGUCUACAUGAAGACGCAAGAUAAACUAUUGACUGGUGAACAAAAGGAGUACUGUGGCCGUAUGAUGCGGUACAUGGAGCUCUGGUAUGGAAUUGACUACGAGAAAAUUAGCGGCAAGUAUGCUGUUAUGAGGCACCAGGGCCGUAAUCUAUUCAACAAGAAGGGUUACUCGUAUUUGAUAGAUCACUUAGCUAGGCCUCUUCAUAGCCGGAUUAUGAAAUCGAAGCCAGUGAAGUGUAUCAGGCGAAAAAGCGGGAAGCGUGAUAGCUUUCAUACUGUCAUAACUACCGAUGGAACUCAGAUCGAAGCGGAUUACUUGGUGGUGACCGUACCUCACUCAAUAUUAGUCCUCGAAGAAUCUCAUGAAUACAGUCUUGUUUGGCAACCUCCUCUUCCAAAGCACAUGACCGAAAGCUUUCAGUCCAUUCACUUCGGUGCUCUCGGCAAGGUAAUCAUUGAAUUCGACCAAGUAUGGUGGGAUAUGAAUGAAGAACGCUUUACGGUUCUAGCUCACGACCGUUCUGAAGGCUUUAACAAUUAUCACAUAGAUGAUCUCAAGCCACAGCCAUUCGAAUACCCUAUUUAUGUGGUGAAUCAUGCCAAAAUCCAUCCUGGUUCAAAUAGUUUGAUUGUUCUUACUCAAUCUCCAGUGACUGAAUACUUAGAACAAAACCCGCACGAAGCAUGGAAUUAUCUACAGCCACUAUUGCAAACUAUUCACGUUGAUUCACGGCCCACCCAAGAUGGCAUGGCAGUUUUUCUGAUUGAACACAACAUUGAACCACUCAAUGUGAUCGUCACAGACUGGACACAGAAUCCCUAUAUCCGUGGCUCUUACUGUGCUUUGCACGUAGAUGACGAUCCCAUAGAUGAGCUUAUCCAGCUCUCUGGUGAACACGAUGUGUGUGGUUUGGGAGCUGGUUCCACAAUCCGUUUUGCUGGUGAACACACCGCCGCUGAUGGUGCCGGUUGUGUUCAUGGAGCCUAUGACAGCGGCACUCGCGCAGCUAAUUGGAUCUUGCAGCAUGAGACCUCCACCGCCACUACUGUUAAUUCUAGCCAUUUUCCUGGAAAUAGUCCCACUGAAGAUACUACAAGUGGUUCAGGUAAUAUGGGAGAUUUGCUCAAAUCCGCCUUUUAUUAA